AUGGCGCUUUACCUGCUCUAUGAAGCAGCUUCAGGCUACUCUCUGUUCCUAGCCCAUGGCAUCGACGAAAUCGGUCAGAACACUGACGCGGUUCGGAGCUCCGUUUCUGACCUAAACCGGUUCGGGAAGGUGGUCCAGCUCACAGCUUUCCACCCAUUUGAGUCUGCCCUCGAUGCCCUUAACCAAUGCAACUCAAUCUCUGAAGGGGUUAUGACUGAUGAGUUGCGAAACUUUUUGGAAAUUAAUCUCCCAAAAGUGAAGGAUGGUAAGAAGCCAAAGUUCAGUUUGGGAUUGGCUGAACCUAAGAUUGGGUCUCAUAUCUUUGAAGCGACAAAAAUUCCUUGCCAAAGUAAUGAUUUUGUCCUUGAGCUGAUUCGUGGAGUGCGGCUACAUUUUGAUAGGUUUAUCAAGGACCUAAAGCCUGGGGACUUAGAGAAAGCCCAGCUUGGUCUAGGGCACAGUUACAGCAGGGCCAAGGUCAAGUUCAAUGUGAACCGAGUUGACAAUAUGGUGAUUCAAGCAAUCUUCCUUCUAGAUACCCUUGAUAAGGAUGUCAAUUCCUUCUCCAUGAGAGUCAGAGAAUGGUACUCUUGGCAUUUUCCUGAAUUGGUGAAGAUUGUCAAUGACAAUUAUCUCUAUGCUAAAGUGUCAAAAUUUAUAGAAGACAAGUCAACAUUGUCUGAAGACAAACUUCCAGAAUUGACUGACAUUGUUGGAGAUGAAGAUAAGGCAAAGGAGAUUAUAGAAGCUGCCAAAGCAUCCAUGGGUCAGGAUUUGUCUCCGAUUGACUUGAUUAAUGUUCAGCAAUUUGCACAGAGGGUAAUGGACCUAUCUGAGUACAGGAAAAGGCUUUAUGAUUAUCUGGUUACUAAAAUGAAUGACAUUGCACCCAAUUUGGCCUCCUUAAUUGGUGAAGUAGUUGGAGCGCGUUUGAUUUCUCAUGCUGGUAGUCUUACAAAUUUGGCUAAAUGCCCUUCUUCUACUCUUCAGAUCCUCGGCGCAGAGAAAGCUCUCUUCAGGGCAUUAAAAACCAGGGGAAACACACCCAAAUAUGGACUGAUAUUUCAUUCAUCUUUUAUUGGUCGAGCAUCUGCAAGGAACAAGGGCCGAAUGGCUCGUUAUCUUGCAAACAAGUGCUCUAUUGCUUCUCGCAUUGAUUGCUUUGCAGAUAGUAGCACUACUGUUUUUGGGGAGAAACUUCGUGAGCAAGUUGAGGAGCGACUUGACUUUUAUGACAAGGGUGUUGCACCUCGCAAAAACAUUGAUGUCAUGAAAUCUGCAAUCGAGAAUACUCAAAGCAAAGACACAGAGAUGGAGACAGAAGACGUUCCUAGUGAAGCUUCAGGGAAGAAAAGCAAGAAGAAGAAGUCAAAGGCUGCAGCUAAUGGUGAUGAUAUGGCUGUGGAUGAACCAGCUGAGACUACAAAUGGAGAUGCUGGUGAGGGUAAAUCUGAAAAGAAGAAGAAGAAGGACAAGCGGAAGUUGGAUCAGGAGGAUCAACCCAUGGAGGAUGUGAAUAAUGGGCAUGUUGAGGAGGAUGGAGCAGCCAAACAGAAGAAAAAGAAGAAGAGUAAACAUGAAAAUGGAGAGGAUCUACAGGCUGCCAGCGAUGUCAAGAAGAAGAAGAAAAAAUCAAGAAGUGAAGACACCGACUAA